AUGGCAGAGGGACAAGUCCAAGUCCAAGGAGUGACGACGACGACAAAGAAACGGGGUCGGCCGGCCAAGAAACAAAGCCUUGAUGAUGAGGGAGUGGUGUUGUUGCAACAGCGGGAGAGCAAGACAGAUGGCGCUGAGAUCGAGAUGGUUCAGGCCCUAAAACCGAAAUCUCGAGGGAGGCCGAGUUCGUCAGCAGCGACGACGGCGUCAAAGACGUCUUCUCUGGCAGCGUCGGCGAGGUCGGGGAGAGCGAAGCAAGUUCCUACUACUGCUACUGCUGGUGCUGGUGCUGGUGGUGCCGCCGUCGAGGAGGAAGUGGUUGGUACCGUGUCCUCAGGAAGAGGGUCGGCGUCGGCCAAGAGGAAACCAUCGGCUACUGCUGCUGCUGCUGCUGGUGUCAAGACUCCAGAUGCUGCUCCCUCCAAGGCUCGCAAGUCUCCCGCAGCAAAGGUUUCUUCUAGCCAACCCGACACAGCGAGCUCUACCUCUACCUCUGGCUUGGCGACAGUGACGACGACAACAGUGGCGGAGAAAAAGACCAAGGCAAAAGCCGCAGCCAAAAAAGCAGAAACGGAAAUCUCGUCACAAAAGACCUCGCAACAACCCGGCACGCCUCGCCUGUCAACCUCGACCUUGACCUCCAAGAUCCUGGGCCACGCCAAAGCAUUUUCCGAGAAAUCGAGUCAGCUCCAGCGAGAUAUUUUACAACUUGUCAACGAGAGAGAAGCUCGGCAUUUAUCGUCGCGGGACAUUGAAGCAGAGAUACUUGAGAUAUCAUCAUCUAUCCGUUCUGAGGCGGACGCAAUAUCCCCAGUACCAGCACCAGCGCCAGCUCUCGAGACUAUUUCGACCGGCCAUCGAGACUCGAUAGGCGGGACAUCGAGCAUGCUGACUACGGCAAGCGCAGCAUCGAACAUGUAUCACAAUACCACUCUGACGAGUGACGCCGCCCAUGUAUUUCCCACCCAGACAAUCGCCUCGUUCAGCCAACAACAACCACAACACUUCUACCCACCGCCCUCGGUCCUGUCCUCCCCCGUCGCCACCCCCCAAACCCAGCACCAAGUCCGCGGGUACUCGUCGACAAAAGCCCUGCCCAUGUCCACCACCAUCGCCCUCGCAGCCCGUCAGCAAAACAACCCCAACCCAAGUGGCGGCUCGAGACCGUCCAUGCCACCACGCCCGACGAUCCCUCCCGAGGUGCCCAACGCGCCGAAACUGACCGAGUUGCCGCUCGAGCAGUUGAAGAAGGAUCCCCGGUACAGAAAGGCGUCCACGCGGUAUACGACUUUUGUCGUGGCGCUGCCGUUUGCGAUUGUCAGCAGUUAUUUCCUGUGGGAGAGGUGUAAGUGCCCCCCCCCCCUUCUCCUUUCUUGGUUCAUGGCAUGA